UUUUCGGAUUGGUUAUGAUGAAUGAUAAUUCUCUCUACAAAAUUGCAAUUUAAUUUUAUGUCCUUUAUAUUAUCUGACACUUAAGGUGACGUACUGGUAUCUGGUUGCUGCUAAAGGGUUGGGGUGUGGGGUGGCAGUGAGCUUUAUCAGGCCAUCCCAUCUGACUCAUUAGGCUGGAGUCACAUACAUAGUCAUGUUUGGUAGCUGCUUGUGAAUAAAAUUUGUAAUAUGAUGCGGUUUUGUAUACUGGUGGCUUGCUUGAGUCUGUGAAUAGCGAUUUAAAGGUGCGGACAUUUCAUGGUAUCAGGCAAAGAUAAAGACAGGUCGUCUUUACAAACAAAUACCGGUUUAAGUUUAUGCGCUUUGAAAUCCUUGGUUGUCAACCGACGAUUUUGAUGUUUUCUGGGUCUUUCAAAGCAAACCGUUUUGAUGGCUUGAAAGUAUUGCUUGAAAUGUUCCUCUUGUCACAAAAGGAUUUUACCAGGAUGUUGUCCAGGCACUCUUCAGAAAAAAGUGUUUAGGGUAUGGAUGUAGAGAAAACCAAAUCACGCCGUUCAUCGGUAUCAAAAAUUGACUCCCCGAUAAAGAAAAAGAUUGCAAUUAGUAUCGAGAAAAGGGAAAGAGAAGCCUCGUUCCUUCUUGAAAAAUUGCAAACAAGGAACAGACCAAAUUCCGGCCUGACACACCAAGCCGCUACUGGAACUGGCUCAACUCAAUCAGCCUUAAGAACAGAAGAUGUAAAAACAGUCAAAGGUAUAGUAAAGUCAGCAGAAAACCUGAGUGGCAAAGGACUUUUAGCCGCAGACCUAAUUAAGAAUCUACAGUCGCAAAACUUGACAUCACAGAGAAGGGGAAGCCAGGGAUAUCAAAGUUUUGUUGAAACAAAUGAUGCAACAAAAAGUCUUUCACCCAGGCUUUGUCUGACAUCUGCUGCCAAGAGACAAGUUAAAUCUGCCAGACAUAAGAAUGCAGAGGAAGUCAGUGUCCAUAGGCUAGAUGUUCCAAGACCGAAGUCAGAAGUUUCCUACCGACAACCUGAACUCACUGGAGACUUGUUGAGAAGAGCUAGUUUGCCUGCAUCAGAUUUUCGUAACAAGAGGCUUGCAGCCGCCUCGAUACUAAACAAAUACAAGAGCGCAAAUACUCUGAAUAACGAAGCAGCCGAUAAGGUUUCAUUGCCUCAAAUAAGAAGGACUGGAAGUGCAAACUCAAUAUGCCGGGAAUCUUAUGAGAAAACUGUUCCUUCACGCGAAGUGCAAAGAGAUACGAUAAGUGCAAAGAGAAGAUCUUUAACGCCGCGUGAAACGGUCACUACACCUGCAAAACAGCAAGCGAAUGUCAACAAAAUUGUUGAGAGAACAGACGAUAAAGAGAGAAGAGAUGAGAGAUCUCGAACAAAGAUUAAAUAUCAUGAAAGUGACCAAAGCUCGUCGAGUGAAACAGAGAGUGACAGCGAGAAGGAGCAACCUGAUGAAGCGAAAAGGAAAAAGCAAACAAAAGUUUCCCAGACAAAAGGGAAACCUAAGAUCAUUGUUUCUAAGAAAAGCUUAAAAAGCAAAGAGGAAACAAAGCAAAAAGAGUCCAGUAAUAAGGUUCGGAAGAAUGACGACAAGGAUGAAGAAAGUGACAGCUCUAGUGACAGUGACAAUGAAAAAGAUUCUUCAGAUGAUAAAAGUGAAGAUGAAAACGAUAGUGAUGAAGGAAGCGACAGUGGCAAAAAAGAAAAUUUAAAAAAUGAAACAGUCAGUAAACUGGUGAUAAAGGACGACGAAGAUUCUUCUGAAAGUGAAGAUGAAGACAAAACUAAUAGUGGAUUGAUUGAAGAUUCUCUGCUCGUCAACGAAGAACUAGAAAAGUUGUCAAAGGAAAUGGUUGCACCAGGCAUGCCAGCUGUUGACUUGCAAGAAAUGCAUGAGAAACUUCUUAGUAAUGGUAUUAUUAAUAAAAGGCGAACAAAGAAGAAAAGUGAAGAUGAUGAUGAAAUAGCGGAAGAUGUGGAUGAUUUGAUAGAUACAUUAGAUGAUCUACUGGAAGCUGAUGAUGAAGAUAUUGCAUACGCCACAAAACAAGAAAUGAAGAAAAAGACUUUUAAAUCAAAUGUCAAAAUGAUGAUUACAGCGGAACGUUUUAGAAAAGAAAAAUAGUCGGUAACAUGUAUUUAACGUUUGAAAUUUACAAACUAAACGACCAGAUCUCUUCAAAUGAGCGACCCCUAGAUGGUUGACGGAUUGUAUUUUAGGAUCAUUGUCAGAUGUUUUGAAUUACUGAUUUCUUUCAGUUAAAGGACGCAAUCUUUUUGGAAAUUUCUGCUAAAUGUAGAACAAAUGAUUACUUGCCAUGUAUAGAGCAAAAAUAACAUGAUAAAGAUUACAUUGUUAAUAAUUUUCAAUGUUAUGAAAAUUAAAUUUGUUGCA